CUGGGAUUAUAGGAAAACGUGUCGCCCAUUAAUUAGACAAUUGCGUACGCGCCGCGAGGUAUGAUGUUAUUAAUUUACGCAAACUCGAGUCCGUGAAGUCGAUUGACUUUCCCCUCACCUAUAUCAAUCAGCCAGACACCUUGCCUUGGGGAAUCCGAGAAAUAAUUAUAAGCAGCUGCCUGCUCGCUCAAUUGAACAUUCCUCCCUAGGUAACCAGAAAGAACAAUAAACAAGCAUUGCCAAUCCGAACCUGCCUGUUAAUUAGCAAGAGGCCGACGUCAUGGCCCCUCAAGUUUGGACAUGGCUUGCUCUCCUCUCGGCUCUUUCCCUCCACACUGCGCUGGGAAGGGUGCACGAGCAGCUCGUUGCGGUGCCACAGGGGUGGUCUGCUGCGCCCUCUGUGAGCGCCCGGGGAUUUGCAACCUUCACCAUUGCGCUCAACACGGAGUUUGAGGGAUUGGAGGAAAAGUUGCUGGACGUGUCGACUCCUGGCAGCCCUAACUAUGGCAAAUUCCUGGAUAGAGAGGAAGUCGAAGCCCUUUUCCCGCCCCCGGAUGACGCAGCUGCGAAGGUGGUUGCUUGGCUCGAGAAGAAUGGCAUCACCGAUUAUCGAGUCGACGGGGCAUUUGUUGAUUUCUCCGCGGAUAUUGGGACUACCAACACAUUGUUGAAGGCAUCGUACCAGCACUACAGCCACAGCGGAGGAGCCACCAAGCUUCGGACGCUGCAGUACUCGAUCCCGGAUGACCUGCAGAGUCAGAUCGCCUUUGUUGACCCCGGCACGUUCUUCGGCCGUCCGCAACUCGCCCCAGUGGUCGCACCGUCGCGAACAAAGCGCAGCCCCCAGGAAUCACCGUCCAAGUCAAAAGUUGACGCGUCUUGUCAGACAUCUAUCACGCCGUCGUGUCUGAAGCAGCUGUACAAUGUUGGUGAUUACAAGGCCGACCCUAAGUCCGGCAGCAAAAUUGGCUUUGGAAGCUUCCUACAGGAGUCAGCUCUCUACGCCGACCUGGAGCAAUUCGAGACGACCUUUGACAUCCCGAGCCAGAACUUCACAAAGGUCAUAAUUGCGAAUGCCACGAACAGCCAGGACCCGUCCUUCGGGGGCUACGGCGAGGCGAACCUCGAUGUGCAAACCAUCAUUGGUGUUUCCCACCCGCUUCCGGUAACCGAGUUCCUUACUGGAGGAUCGCCCCCCUUCAUCCCGACCAUUGGACAGCCCACCGAUUCUGACAACCAGAACGAGCCUUACGUCCCAUAUUACCGGUUCCUGUUGUCCAAGAACAACUCGGAGCUGCCACAAGUCAUCAGCAAUUCGUACGGCGACCAGGAGGACGGUGUCCCCGAGGACUACGCCAAGCUGACCUGCAACCUAAUCGGCCUCCUCGGCCUCCGCGGCAUAACCACCAUCUUCUCCUCCGGCGACGGCGGUGUCGGCGGCGGCUGCCUAGCCCCCGACUUCAAAACGGUCGAGUUCAUCGCCGACUUCCCAGCGACCUGCCCGUACGUGACCGCCAUCGGCGGCACCUCGGACUCGGCGCCGGAGACUGCCUGGAACGAGAGCUCGGGCGGCUUCAGCCGGUAUUUCGACCGGCCCUCGUGGCAGGACGCCACCGUCUCCGCCUACCUCGCCGACCACGUCUCCGCCGACACACACGCCUACUACGCGCCGUACGCCAACAACUUCUCGGGGCGCGCGUUCCCCGACGUGGCGGCGCACAGCCUGGACCCGGACUUUGCGAUCGUCUACGACGGCGUGCUCGACCGCAGCGGCGGCACCAGCGCGUCGGCGCCCGUGUGGGCGGCCGUGGUGGGCCUGCUCAACGAUGCGAGGCUGCGGGCGGGGAAGCCGCAGCUGGGGUGGCUGAACCCGCUGAUCUACGGGGUCGCCAGGGACACGUUUGUGGACAUCACCGAGGGGUACACGGUCGGGUGCCAGAGCAGCCGCAAUGGGGCUGGGCUGGUGCCGGGGGCGAGGUGGAAUGCUACUGCUGGGUGGGAUCCUACCACUGGGUUUGGGACGCCGGAUUUCCAGAAGCUGAAGGAGCUUGUUUUGACGCUGUAGAGGGAGGUGGCUUGUUUGACGGGCGAGAUCUAGAGACUAUCGGUUCAGCCUACAGCCUGCCAUAUAACUAGGCUCUUUUAGUAGCAGGGCUUCUUUCAAUCAGACACUGCGGUAGUCAUGAGGCAAUACUAAACGGCAAG